AUGGAACAUCUAUCGGCCAAAGUGAUUCCCAUCCCUUACAGGAUAUCUUUACUAAGUGUAAUCAUCCCCUAUUAUGGCUACGUGAACGAAUGCGCAGAACUCUUCCUACAACUCGACAAGAAGAGCAGAAGUGUAUGGGAAGCAAAUCUAAAACCCAUCUUAGAUGUUAUUCUGAACUACAAGCAGUGAACUUUAGUAAAAGACAUUCAAAAAUCCUUUACUCUAAAAGUAGGACAGAAAUUAUUAGCUGCAGAAACUUACUGGCACCCUUACUACUUAUACUUCAGUUUGAAGGUAUAUCUCCAAACUUGUGGAGACUUCAAGGCAAUGAUGUGGUUUAUGGAUGAAAUGAAGCUGCGUCUUAAGCACCAAUUCUACAAAAUCCACAUAAAAUUCGCGCCUCGUGACAUCCAAAUCUGUAAUGAGUUCUUAAGGAAGUACCUUCAGCAUGGAUUUAACCCGGAAGCUGUAUUGAUUGAUGACAGCUGUCAGCCUUGCUUGCUGCAGAAACUUAGAGGAGAGGAGAGGCAGUGCUAUUUUGGAAGAGAGCAAGGAUGGAUUAGACAAAUGUAUCAUUCUUCAUACUUCGGAGAUAUUGAACUUUGCUGGAAUCCAAAAUCAAAGAAAGAAUCAGAUUCACUAGAUGUAGAUAAAAUCGUUGAGGUUCUUGAGAAGGAGGGGAAAUCCAUAAGGUUCAACUACCCUUCUCUACGUAUAAUUGAAGAGCAAGCCAAAUCUGAAGUAAAUUUCAAACACACAAACAACAAAUGAAGAACUAUAAAAAUCUCAAAAGACCGCUGAAGUAAUCCACUCCUCUCCCUUAACCCCUAAUCCCCCUUCUCCCCCUCAACCACCCUCUCCUCCCCCAACUCCCCAAAACUCCCUAGUCCAAAUCCAAGAUUUCACUGAGAAUCAAUCCAAAAACUCAACUACUGGAAGCCAGAGUGGGACUGGCUGGAGAUUGGGACGGAAGAAUUGGCUGGCCGGAGUAGA